UAUAGGUCAAACAUAUUACGAUAAGAAUACAACGAACACAUUAGUGUUCAAAAUAUAGUAUAACAGUUGUUUUUAGUUCAAUGAUAUAUUUCUCGCGGAACGGUUAUUUUUCGAUUACAAACAUAGCGUGUGAGCAUUAAAUAUGAAGACAUUACCAAGGCCCAGAGUUGAAUCAGAAAUAUCUGAGGAGUUAAAAGAUGUAACAUUAACUAAAACAAAUUUAAAAGGAGAUUGGAUAAACUUUUUUUUGUUACUAUUACUGUACACAAUGCAAGGCUUGCCAUUAGGCAUAUCCGGGUCUAUGUCGAUACUAUUGCAAAGCAAGAAUAAUGUAACAUACAAAGAUCAGGCAUUGUAUAGUUUAUCAAAUUGGCCAUUUAGCUUGAAACUCUUAUGGGCACCAUUAGUAGACGCACUCUAUAUACAAAAAUUUGGAAGGCGAAAGUCUUGGCUAAUACCUGUUCAAUAUUUAAUCGGAGGGAUUUUAAUAUAUACUGCCAGUGACAUUGAUAACUUGUUACCCGAAAAUGAAAAACCAAACAUAACGAUGUUGAUGUACAUUUUCUUGGUAAUAAAUUUCUUAGCCGCCACCCAGGAUAUAGCAGUGGACGGUUGGGCACUUACGAUGCUGAAAAGGAAUAACGUAGGCUAUGCGUCUACAUGUAAUGCGUCGGGACAAACAAUAGGUUCUAUGAUAGGUUCCAUGGUACUUAUUCUGUUUACGUCUGAAGAGUUUUGUAAUAAAUACUUCCGAAAUGCACCUGCCGUGGGAGGCAUAGUUUCUGUAAAAAGUUUAUUGUACGGCUGGGGCAUAAUGUUCAUAUUAUUAACAACUUUAAUUAGCAUAUUCAAAAAAGAAAAAGAUAAUAUAUCUGAGGAUGAUCAUGAAAAAAUCAAUGUGGUCCAUAACUAUAUACUUUUAUGGGAUAUAUUUAAGUUACCUAGUGUUCGUCUAUUGGCGAUAAUAUUGAUAACUUCAAAGAUCGGAUAUGCUGCAACUGACCAUGUGUCUACCUUAAAACUCAUUGACGCAGGUGUAUCAAAAGAAGAUCUAUCGAUGAUAAACACAGUGAUGUCUGGAGUAAACAUUAUUAUUUCAUUCGUCAUAGGGAAAUACACUUCAGGUCCAAAACCGAUGAGCGUAUACUUGAAACUUGUACCCUACAGAUUACUUUUGAACAUUGCAUUUACUAUACUUAUUUAUUACACGCCUAUAUUGAUAUCAUUUAAUGGAUAUACUUCAAUAUAUUAUUAUCCACUUCUCGUAUUUUUAUCAUCAAUACAUCAAAUUUUAAUGCAUGCUAUGUUUAUAGCUAUAUUAUCAUUUUUUGCUCGAGUAAGUGAUUACCGUAUUGGUUCUACUUAUAUGACGUUAUUGAAUACUUUUGGAAAUUUAGCGUAUAUGUGGACGUCUACUGUUGCACUAGGAAUGAUUGAUCUAUUGACGUUCAAAAAAUGUUCACUGGAUUCUACAAAUAAUUGUUCUACACUAAAUCUUCAAAAUACGUGUAAAGCAAGUAAAGGCGAUUGUAUUAUAAUAGUGAAUGGUUAUUACAUAGAAAUGCUCCUCUGCACUAUCAUUGGAAUAAUUUGGUAUUUUGCAGUUAGAAAUACUCUAAAAAAAUUUCAGACAAUGGAUUCUUCUCAUUGGCUAGUGAAUUUGAGUAGAAAAGAAAUGGUCAGCGAGAAAUAAAAGAAUGAGAUAUGUUGCCAUGACUGUGUGUAGUGACCGUUUGGACGUAACCAUUUCGAUCUAAGGAUUUGGCGACAUUUGUUUUGGCGCAGGAUUUUAAGCGUAUUUUUUUUAAGAUUCAAAAUUAAUUUAAUAAUUCAAAAGUUAUAAAUACUCAAACAUAUGUUGAAAUGAACU